AUGCUUUCUUUGCGCCAACUCUCUCGCCAGCUGCCUCGCGGUGUUGCUCGUUUGACUUCGACCGUCGUUCGUCAGCCCCUGCGCACUCCUGCCUUUGCCGCCGCCAGAACCGCCGCUCACUUUUCCACCUCUCUGCUCCGCCGCCAAGAUGCCACCACUCAGGAACUUGCCGCCAAGCUGAACUCGGAGAUCGCCCUCGAGAAGGAGCAGCAAGCAGAUGACAGCUACCGCUACAACUGCCAAGAGUACAUCGACAACAGCGAGUUCAAGAUUGAAGACAAGGCCGGCACAGAGGAGGUUCACCUCACUAGAUCAUACGGCGACGAGAACGUCAAGGUUACCUUCUCCAUUGCCGACUUCAACACUUACGACGAGGAGGCCGAUGCCGAGGACCCUGCUCUGUACGGCGAUGAGGACGGCGCCCUUGACAUGGAUGGCCAGUCUGGAGGUGCCAACACCAAGGGCGCUGUGAACCAGGGCCGCACCGCUGGUGGUAACAUCCGCAUUGCUCCCGAGGACGAGAUCGCCCCUGCCGAUAGACCUGAGCUGCAAGACGAGGAGGACAACUCGGCAAGCUUCCCCCUUGACGAGGACCUUCAGAUGCUCCUGGAACGAUUCCUCGAGGAGAGAGGCAUCAACACACAGAUGGCCCUCUUCAUCCCUGAGUACAUUGACUUGAAGGAGCAGAAGGAGUACAUUGGGUGGUUGAACAACAUGAAGAGCUUCGUCUCAUAG